UCAGAAAUUGUUUAUUGCCUCUUUUGAUUAUGCCCCUUUAUAAAUAAAUGCAACUUUUGAACCACGCAAGUGUAAAAUCUUGAGGUUUUCUUGAAUUUUUUUUCGAAAACUGCAAGUCACCUCUAAAGUUUUAGUUUUUUAGUUUAUAAUGUCUAUAGUCACAUUAAGUUCAAUAUGAUUUUAUUGAAAUUUGCCUUAAAUAAUCUGAAAAAAUAUCAAUUUCCCGAUAGGGAUUCUAUCAAAAUCACCUCAUGUGUACUACGAUGCCGAUUUAUCCGAUAUUUUUCAAUAGAUGGCGUUUGCUGCAAUACGGAUUUUAACACAGGUUUGAGGGUUAUUCAGAUGCGUGUUAUACGUUUUUGUUUCUCGUUUGUCGUGCUGCCGCUCCCUUACUAACGCUUUUGCAAAGCUGAAAUAACGGCUGACUGGUUGGUCAUGUCUUUUGCGAUUUUUGGGUCAUUAGUUACGCAGGAAAUAAAAUAAAAUUCAAUUUAAGCCUUUUCCCGUCGUUAGAUGGCGUUGCUUUUUUAAGGCUUGAUUUUGUGUUGCUAGGUGGCGUUUGGCUUGAAAAUAUGAAGAAAGCAUUUCUUUCAUUUAAAUUUGGUACCUUCAUUUUAUUCAAUAAUUUUUCGUUUAGUCGCCAAAUUUUUUUUAGUGACGUCAUGUAAUUUUGAAUUUGAAUUUUUGAACGUUCUAUUUGGAACCUUCAAAACUGAAAUUAGUAAUACAUUAAUAUUAUUAUUAACAUCCAUGCAAGAGUAUUAACGAAUCGAUUAAACAAGAUGAAAAUGCUGAACUAUUUAGCAAUUCUAAUACUGAACCUUCAGCAAAAGACUCCCUGUCAUGUUGGGUUUGGAAACAUUUCACGAAAAUUAAGUCGAAGCCAGGGAAAGCAGUCUGCAAGCAUUUAAAAAAAGUGAUGGUAAUUUUAAUUUGAAAUAGCCAGCAGUGUACGCUAGCGACAUAGUGGCCGGUACGACAAUACUUCAACGUUGAAAAAUAGAUAUUUGGCGUGACGGGCCGCCACAGUAACAUGUAUAAAAACGCGCGCCAGAAAAUUCCGAUUAGCAACACCACCACCAAGCUGUGCAUAACCUUGCAGACUUGCUCAUUCUGUUUUAUUGUUUGACAGACGUAAAUUGGGCAGAAAGGAAACUACAUUACGCAAUCCCUUGACCGUAUCUAAGCAGAAGGAGCGUGUUUCUGAUAACCAGAAUGGAUGCGUUUUUAAAAACUGGAAAGCUCUCCAAUCAACCGAAGGAAAGUGGAGCAUCCUCGGUUUCUGAGCCAUUACAACGAAAACGAGGUUCCUUAAUACCUUGGGUUGAAAAAUACCGUCCUAGAACAAUCAAUGAAGUUUCAUACCAAGAGGAAGUAGUUGCUGUGCUUCAGAAAUCUCUUCAAGGAGCUGAUCUUCCUAAUCUUCUGUUCUAUGGCCCUCCUGGUACUGGUAAAACUAGCACAAUAUUGGCAGCUGCUAGAGAACUGUUUGGUGACAUUUACAAGGAGAGAGUUUUGGAGCUUAAUGCAUCAGAUGAACGAGGCAUUCAAGUUAUAAGAGAAAAAGUCAAGAAUUUCUCCCAGAGGACUGUAAGCUCAAUGAGACCUGAUGGGAAACCAUGCCCUCCUUUCAAAAUCAUUAUUUUGGACGAAGCCGAUUCUAUGACAGGUGCUGCACAAGCGGCUCUUCGUCGUACAAUGGAAAAGGAGACUAAAUCUACGCGAUUUUGCCUUAUCUGCAACUACGUUAGCCGAAUAAUAGAACCGUUGACAUCACGCUGCUCCAAGUUCCGGUUUAAACCAUUGCCUCGCGAUAUUUUGGUAAAAAGGUUGGGUGAAAUAUGUGAAUUUGAAAAAAUGGCCUGUACCGGAGAUAUUUUGGAAAGUUUAAUUGAAGCAUCUGAAGGAGACCUACGUAGAGCAAUUACUUUUCUUCAAUCAAUUGCAAAUGUGACAGUGGAAGUCGGUCCAACCAUUGAAGAUAUUCAUGAAAUUACUGGCAGGGUACCCAACCACUGGAUCGAAGGCUUACUGGAAAAAUGUGCUACGGGAUCAUAUGAUACGAUCCAAUCAUAUAUUUACAAUUUCUCAGCCGAAGGAUUUUCAGUUUCUCAGCUUCUUAAUCAGUUGCAUGAACGAGUCAUCUUUUCGACCGAAUUUUCCGCAAAACAGAAGAACUUGAUCUGUGAAAAAGUGGCGAUUUGUGAUCAUCGUUUGGCGGAAGGAGCUGAUGAACAACUUCAGUUGUUGGAUCUUAGCUGUACUAUUAUGAUUUCUUAUCAAUAGAUGUUUACAAUAAAACAACUCUGGCGGCAA